GAUGAUCUUAAACGGUUAGCGUUCGGUUUGCUUGCUAAUAACAUUUUCCCGCUACAUUCUACAAAGGUACAAACGAACCCAUUCGUCUUCAAUCCCUAAUUUCUCCCUCACCUUCAACAAUGGAGGUUCCUACAGAGCCAAAGACGACGCAAAUCGAUGAAAUCUCUCACAAUCUCUCGUUUUCCACCUCCAACGCCGGCGAUUCUACCUGGGACAAGAUCUCCUUCUUCCGUCACCGCUCACGGCAAAUCAAACGAGACACUUGGCUCGUCUCCGUCUUCGUUCUUCUUCAAAUCGUCCUCUUCGCUGUAACUAUGGGCGUCAACGAUUGCUCCAGGAACUCUCACGGUCACUGCGCCGCUAAACUCCUUGGUCGAUUCUCUUUCCAGCCUCUCUCCGAGAAUCCUAUGCUCGGCCCCUCUGCUUCUACGUUAGAGCAUAUGGGUGGCCUUUCUUGGAAUACUCUGACAGAAAAUCAUGAGAUUUGGCGUAUUUUGACAUCUCCUUGGCUACACAGUGGAUUGUUUCAUCUGUUCAUAAAUCUGGGGAGUUUGAUUUUCGUAGGGAUAUACAUGGAGCAGCAAUUUGGACCAUUCAGGAUUGCCGUGAUAUACCUCCUCUCUGGAAGUGUGGGUACUCUCUUUGCUGUCUUGUUUGUUCGAAAUAUCCCAUCAAUCUCUUCUGGUGCUGCUUUCUUUGGGUUGAUUGGAGCCAUGCUUUCUGCACUUGCAAAGAACUGGGAUCUAUAUACUGGCAAGAUUUCAGCCUUAGUGAUAAUAUUCACUAUCUUCACUGUGAAUUUCCUGAUAGGCUUUCUCCCUUUCAUAGACAAUUUUGCAAAUAUUGGUGGUUUCAUAUCAGGAUUCCUCCUUGGAUUUGUGCUAUUAUUCACCCCACAGCUGAGACAGAUGCCUCCAUCUCAUAAGGGCAAAUUGUUUGAAGAUGAUAGGAAAAGAUUCACAAGGCUUAAAGAACAGUUUGACAGACCGGUAUUACGGAUUAUAUGCCUGACUGUAUUUUGUGGAAUGCUUGCUGGGGUUCUAUUAGCAGCAUGCUGGGGCGUUAAUCUCAACCGUCAUUGCCAUUGGUGCCGCUAUGUUGACUGUGUUCCAACCAAAAAAUGGAGCUGCAGCGACAUGACAACUUCCUGCGAGGCAAUGGUGAGUGAUGCUCAGUUAACACUAACGUGCAUGGCCAAUGGAAAGUUCAGGAUAUUUCCUUACACCAAUAUCUCACAAGCAAGGACACAAGACCUCUGCACACUCGUCUGCUCUUAAACAUGACCAAGCUCUCUUCGCUAUCAAUAUCAUCAUCGGUGGUAGCUGAGAUCUUUAUGCGGCGUGAGAUUAGUGGGGAGACUAUCCGAAUUGAAAUCGGAGCACAAAAGACAGAGGAUGGAAAGAUCAAACCACGAUAGUAUUAUUGCAUAUCCGAACUAUGCGAGAUGCUUUCACCCUCCCAUACGGAUGAAGUAUUAUUGUUUGCAGAGAUCAGAAGAAGAUGAAAUAGAGAGAAUUCUUAUUUCUCAAUGAAGAAGAAGUUAUGCGUGAGAGAUUUGAU